AUGCUGCCCACAAAGCUUGGCGAACUUCAAUCGAGGACUGGUUUUAUUUUCCUAGUCAGUCUAUUCUUGCUGAACUGGAGCGCGUUCUGUGAGGAAAAAAGUUCCACGGAAGACGAUUGCGCUGCGAUCGCCGCUAAUAGCACCUGCAAUUGCACCUACAACGCCUACGAGUCGGUUGUGAUUCACUGCAGCGCCAGGUAUGAAACGGCUAACAUACGGAUCACAGUGCUUGAUGGAAAGAAUGUAGAGAUCAGUUGCCAGGGUCGCAUUGGCGUGGGCUGCAAUGUCACGCAUCCCUGCAUACCCGCAGAGCUGCUCGCGCGCUUGCCGCCCUUAGGCCGCUUGCACGAAGUCGGCUUUCUCAGCGUGCGAUACUGCUUUCCCUUCAGUGAAAUUUUGAAGCAGUUGUCGUUGGGGCAGAGCGACAUCUUGCAGGUGCAUGGCUUGGAAUUUAUACCCUUACUACAGCGGCGGGAUUUCGGCAAGGACCAGAUGAUGCUGAAAGAAAUAGACAGCUUGGAGUUAUUAGCGCAGAGCUUACAUCAUUUUCAUGACGAGGAAUCAUUGACGCUGGUCGCACAAUUACCAUCGAGCGCGUUGCCUAAAGAGCAGCAAUUAGAGGAAGAUAUUUUGGGCGCUUUCGUCCAGCUACGCUCACUGACAAUCGAUACGCAUUUCAAGCAGUUGCCAGUUGGUAUCUUUCGGCCAGUGGCGCGCACCCUAAGUGAGCUGUUUUUGCUAGGAUGUCUUCGAGAGUUUCCGCGCGUUGCAAUCAGUGCGCUACGAAACUUGAAGCAGUUGACUAUGUCGGGCCACCAACUAGAGUCGCGCUUGCGCGCAGAUGAUUUCGACGCGCUUUCCACACUUACAGAACUAACGUUACGCCGUUGUGGCAUUAUAGCGUUGCCUGCGCGUAUUUUCCAUCCACUAGCCGCAGUGACGCAUCUAACUUUAACCGGAAACAAGCUGCGCAUGCUACCCGCUAUACUAUUGGCGCAACAGCGACACCUACAGUUAUUGGACCUCAGUGACAAUCAGCUGGAGGCGUUGCCGGCUGGGCUCUUCGCGUCGACAACUGCGCUGAAAAAGCUUUAUUUGACAUAUAAUCGAUUGCGUCGCCUAAGCGCAGAUCUCUUUCCACCGCAAAAUGCCCUUGUGGAGCUCUAUGUGGAUUUGAAUGAGUUGCGCGUCAUUGAAGUAGGCACAUUUGCGUAUGCGCGCCACCUGCGUGAUUUGGUACUAAGUCACAACAAACUUGACUGGACGAGCGCUGAAUCAUGUGUUGUACUCGAGGGAGUACGUCGCUUAGAAAUGCUUGGUUUGCAAAACAAUUCGGUGCGCUACCUAUGCAAUGAACUAGGCGCGUCUAAUUACACCCUCGCGAAUUCCUUACGCUUGCUUGAUGUGCGACAAAAUAAGUUUACUCAUCUAAGCGCGCAACUCUUGCACGCGCUAAAUAGGAGUGAAACGCUGCGCUCCAUAAACCUGGAGCAGAAUCCUUGGGCUUGCAACUGUGAGGCUCAGGCGCUGCAUGCGUUUGUGCGUAGCAAUCGCGUACGCUUUCCUGAAGUGAAAAAUCUAAAGUGUAAUGAGCCAAAGCAAGUGCCGCUGGUCGAACUCGCUUACCGCGACUUCUGCCUUCCUGAUUUGGGUGUCAAUGCGACGCUGGUUUUUACUUUAAUCAGCGUGUCGGCGCUUAGCAUACUGAUGAUCUCCGUCGCACUCUGCUACUAUAAGUAUAAACUGCAGCUGAAAAUUUGGCUAUACGCGCACGGCGCGUGUCUGCGUUGCAUCAGCGAAACUGAAUUGGAUCGUGAUCGCCGGUAUGACGCUUUCAUCUCUUACACUCACCAAGAUGAGCACUUCGUCGAGCAUGAACUUCUGCCUGGGUUGGAACGGAGCACACCACCAUUCAAGGUGUGCAUACACGUGCGCGACUGGGUGGUGGGUGCGUUCAUAUCUGAACAAAUUAUCGACUCUGUGGAGCAAUCGUCGCGUACGAUCAUCGUUCUAUCGCAGCAUUUCAUACAAUCCGAGUGGGCACUCAUGGAAUUCCGUAUGGCGCAUCAGCGCGCGCUCAAUGAGGGACGCACGCGCAUCAUACUGGUGAUAUAUGGCGAAUUGACGAACACAGAUCUGCUGGAUCAGGAGCUGCGCGCAUACCUGAAGAUGAAUACGUACUUGAAGUGGGGCGAGCCGUGGUUUUGGGAAAAGCUGCGCUAUGCUAUGCCGCAUUCGCGAGUCGGCUGGGAACGUAGUGAACGCGGCGGGAAUAAGCGUUUUAAUGAGAUUCCACUGCAUGCAGCUAUGCUUAGAGCCGUCAGCGAUGAAACGGCACACAUACGGAUAACAGUACUCGAUGAAAAGAAUGUCGAGAUCAGUUGCCAGGGUCGAAUUGGUGUAGGCUGCAAUGUCGCACAUCCAUGCAUACCUGCAGAUUUGCUCGCGCGCUUACCGCGCUUAGGCGGCAUGCGCGAGGUCGACUUUCUCGACGUGCGCCACUGCUUGCCUUUUAGCGAAAUUUUGAAGCGACUGGAGCUGCAGCGGAGCGACAACUUGAAGGUGCACGGCUUGGAAUUUAUACCCUUACUACAGCGGCGCCAGCUGAGCUCAUUGACAAUCGUUAUGAAUUUCGAGCAGUUGCCAGUUGGCAUUUUUCAGCCAGUUGCGUACACGCUAAGGGAGCUAUUUUUGUUAGGACGGCUGCGUGAGUCUCCGCGCGUUGCAUUCAGCAUAUUACGAAAUUUGACGCAACUGCUUAUGUCGGGCCAUCAAAUUAAUGCGCGUCUGCGCGCGGACGAUUUUGACGCCCUCUCCACUCUUACCGAACUAACGGUACGCGGUUUUGGCAUUACGGCAUUGCCUGCACGGAAUUUCCAACCGCUAGCCGUAUUAAAGCAUCUCAAUAUAGUCGGAAACAAGCUACGCCUGAUACCCGCUACGCUAUUGGCGCAACAGCGACACCUACAGUUAUUGGACCUCAGUGACAAUCAGCUGGAGGCGUUGCCGGCUAGGCUCUUCGCGUCGACAACUGCGCUGAAAAAGCUUUAUUUGACAUAUAAUCGAUUGCGUCGCCUAAGCGCAGAUCUCUUUCUACCGCAAAAUGCACUUGUGGAGCUCUAUGUGGAUUUGAAUGAGUUGCGCGUCAUUGAAGUAGGCACAUUUACGUAUGCGCGCACCUGCGUGAUUUGGAGUGAAACGCUGCGCUCCAUAAAACUGGAGCAGAAUCCUUGGGCUUGCGACUGUGAGGCCCAGGCGCUGCACGCGUUUGUGCGUAGCAAUCGUGUGCGCUUUCCCGAAGUGAUAUAUGUGAAGUGCAAUGAGCCAAAGCAAGUGCCGCUGGUCGAACUCGCUUACCGCGACUUCUGCCUUCCUGAUUUGGGUGUCAAUUCGACGCUGGUUUUUACUUUAAUCAGCGUGUCGGCGCUUAGCCUGCUGGUAAUCUCCAUCGCACUCUGCUACUAUAAGUAUACACUGCAGCUGAAAAUUUGGCUGUACGCGCACGGCGCGUGUCUGCGUUGCAUCAGCGAGGCUGAAUUGGUUCCCGAUCGCCGGUACGACGCUUUCAUCUCUUACACUCACCAAGAUGAGCACUUCGUCGAGCAUGAGCUUUUGCCUGGGCUGGAACAGGUCACACCACCAUUCAAGGUGUGCAUACACGUGCGCAACUGGGUGGUGGGCGCGUUCAUAUCUGAACAAAUUAUCGACUCUGUGGAGCAAUCGCGCCGUACGAUCAUCGUUCUAUCGCAGCAUUUCAUACAAUCCGAGUGGGCGCUCAUGGAAUUCCGUAUGGCGCAUCAGCGAGCGCUCAAUGAGGGACGCACGCGCAUCAUACUGGUGAUAUAUGGCGAAUUGACGAACACAGACCUGCUGGAUCAGGAGCUGCGCGCAUAUUUGAAGAUGAACACCUAUCUGAAAUGGGACGGGCCUUUGCGAUUUCAACGAUGCAUGCAAAAAGUUCACAUUCAGUCUAUCGCCAGCGACUCGCGCGCUUUGAACGAGUAUACUAGAGGCGCAAAAAUGCGCCAACCACAAAACGCCACUACUUUGCAAGAAGCUGUAAUUGUUCUCGCGGAUUUAUUAUUGCUGCUCACAUGCCACUGGCUGCCUUGCCAGGCUGCUGAUAACAACGAACGGGAUUUCACCAGCGACGUUUGCGCCGAGAUUGCUGCGAAUAGCACCUGCAACUGUACUUACAGCAGCAAAUAUGAUUCAGCUUCUAUAGGCUGCAGCAGCGCGGACGGUGGCACGCACAUACAAAUUUCAAUUUACGAGAAGACCGAUGUGGAGAUAUUUUGCACACCAGCAGUGGAUAUGUACCCGACUGUAUCCGCAGAGCUGCUGGCGCGCGUACCGCUGCUUGGAGGGAUGCGUAAGUCACUCUUUCUUGGCGUUCACCACUGUGUGCCCUUCACCGAGUUGUUGGCACACAUGCAGUUGACGCACGGCAGCAUUUUGCAUGUACAUGGUCUUGGAAUGUUGCCUUUACUAGCCGCACGACAUUUCGGAUAUAACCUUAGCUUUUUGCAGACGAUAAGUGAUUUGGAGUUGCUGGCGCAGCCGCAACAGCGCACAUUGGCCGCAGCCCAGCAGUUAGACGAUGAUUUGUUUACUGCUUUUACGUCACUUUGGAGCCUGAAACUCGACUUGAACUUCACGCAUUUGCCGCCGGGCAUUUUUCGCCCACUGGGUGCCAAUUUAAUUGACUUGAUGAUAUAUGGCGGACUGCUGGAAUUUCCACGCCCAGCGCUAGCGCCACUCGCGUCUCUCAACUCGCUUACCAUGAUGCGUCAUCGGCUCACGGAUCGCUUACGCAAAGAUGAUUUUGAGGAGCUUGGCCUUCUCGAGAUUCUUACGCUACAUAGCUGCAAUAUUUUCGAGCUGCCAGCGCGGAUUUUUGAGCCACUGACAGCACUAAAGCGGCUGCGCCUAACCUCAAACCAAGUGCGUGCGCUUCCUACUGCACUUUUCGUGGCACAAAAACGCCUGCAGGUGUUGGACCUGAGUCGCAAUGAGCUCGAAUCGCUGCCACCUGGCUUAUUUCACCCGUCCACAAAGCUAGUGAGCUUGGCUUUGUCACACAAUCGUUUGCUGCAGCUCAGCGCGCAUACACUUCCUACAUUACACGCGCUGGUAGAACUUAAUUUGGAUAACAAUGGCUUGCGCGCAAUCGCCCCCGGCAGUCUGGCGCAAGCGCAGCGGCUGGAGAUACUUAUGCUAUAUAACAAUCAGCUAAAUUGGACAAGCGCUGAGGCGUGUGAUGUGCUCGCGGGUCUGCGCAGCCUCAACACGCUUCAACUGCAGAACAACACGCUACAUACCUUAUGCGCACAGCUGAGCGCGCCCAACCACACCACCAGCCGCCUGCGUUUGCUUGAUGUACGAUACAAUAGCAUAGCGCGCUUGCCCGCGCAGUUAAUCCGCACGCUGAACGACAGCACGUCGCUGAAAGACUUGUAUCUCUCGCAUAAUCCAUGGACGUGUGACUGCAGCGCCGAGUUGCUGCAUGGCUUCGUAAAGCACAAUCGCUUGCGUUACCGCGACAUGCUUGAAGUGCGUUGCGACGAUCCGCAGAUGCCGCCGCUCGUUGAACUAACCUACCGCGACUUCUGCCUACCCGAUCUAGGCGUGAGCUUGACAUUUGUGUUAGCCUUCACUGUGCUUUCGGCCCUCAUCCUGCUGGCCGUCAGCACCGCGCUUUGCUACUACAAAUACAAGCUGCAGCUGCAAAUCUGGCUUUACGCGCAUCGGCUGUGCUUGUGUUGCAUCAGCGAGACUGAACUGGAUCGCGAUCGUAAAUAUGACGCCUUCAUCUCUUACGCGCAUCAGGAUGAGCACUUUGUCGAGCACGAGUUGCUGCCUGGCCUCGAGCAUGGUACGCCGUCAUUCAAGGUGUGCAUACAUGUGCGUGACUGGCUCGCAGGCGCCUUUAUAUCUGAGCAGAUCAUUGAUUCAGUGGAACAAUCGCGCCGCACAAUUAUUGUCUUAUCACAACAUUUCAUACACUCCGACUGGGCGCGCAUGGAAUUCCGCAUGGCGCAUCAGUGCGCCUUGAAUGAGGGACGUACGCGCAUCAUACUGGUGAUCUAUGGCGACUUGGAGAACGCGGAGUUGCUGGAUCAAGAGCUGCGUGCGUAUCUGAAAAUGAAUACGUACUUGAAGUGGGGCGAGCCGUGGUUUUGGGAGAAGCUGCGCUAUGCUAUGCCGCAUUCGCGCGUCCGCUGGGAGGGCGACGAUUGCGGCGGGAGGAUGCGUUCUGAUGAGAUUCCAUUGCAUGCGGCUAUGCUGAGGGCAUGAACAAUGGGCGUGCUUUGUGCGGAGGUGUUUGCAUUCGAUUAUUGUUUUAUUUUUGU